AUGGUUCGUUUAUUACGUUAUGGAACUAUAUUUGGACCAUUGAAAGAUCGUUGGAGAUAUUUAUAUAAAACAGAUUUAUAUAAAAGAAGAAUUGAAGCUGGACCUGAACCAGAACGUUUUCGAUCUGCAUUGAUUAAUUGGAAUUAUGAUGCAGAAUUACAUGCAUGUACACAUAGAUUUGGUGAAAAAAUAAAUAUUGAAUCUUUACGACAUGCUUUGACAGAUUCUUCGUUUUUAAAUCAAAUUGUUAAACAACGUACAGAAGCAGGUCUUGCUGCUAAUGAUCAAACAACAUUAUCAUUUACUCAUAAUGAAGAAUUAGCUAAACGAGGCGAACAAAUUGCAGAAGAUUUUCUUCGAAGAGCUCUUCAAUAUUGGUAUCCAAAAUUUCCACAAGAAGGCAUUGAUACUAUAACGAAAUUUCUCCUUUCAGAACCAACAAUAGCUGAUAUUAGUUCAGGACUUGGAUUUAAAACACUUAUUCGAUGUGAUGUUCCAUCACCACAUUCGACAAUGCUUAAAAAGGCUUUUUUAGCUUUUAUUGGUGCCAUCGAUGAGAAUAAUGAUCGACAUCGAGCUGAACUUUUUGUUGCUGAUUUUAUUUUGACUCAUCUUGUUGGUAAAGAUAUUAAUGAAAUAUGGCAUAUUAAAAAUCCAAUGGGUCUAUUAACAAAAGUUUUAGAAGAGAAUGGACGACAAGCACCUGAGUCUCGAUUGAUAUGGGCAACAGGUGUUUCGAGUGUUUUGUCAACUUAUGUUGUUGGUAUAUAUUCCAAUAAAGAAUAUCUUGGAAAAAGUGCUGGUGCAACAAUUUCAAUUGCCGAAGAAAUGGCAGCUCGUGAUGCAUUACGUCGUUUAUUUGAAACUGAUGAACAACGAGCACCAAUUCCGUUUGAUAAACUUUAUAAAAAAGGAUUGUUAAUAGAUAAAUAA